GAAUAUGCGUGAAGGUGACAUCAAGGAGGUCAGAGGGAGGAGCUCUCUCUUGGGACAGCAAUAUCGUUGGGAUUUGCCAGUGCCCUUUGUGUUAGAUGCUGGUCUUGACAUAAACGCCAAAGGGGUCAUUCUCAAAGCUUUUGAACAAUUCAGACUAAAAACCUGCAUUGAUUUCAAGCUCUGGGAUGAAUGUGAAGCAUUUCACAUCUCAAUUGAACAACAAAGCGGAUGUUGGUCAUAUGUUGGAAGAGAGUUAAAACAGCAAACACUUUCCAUUGGCAUUGGCUGUGAUUUGAUCAGUACAGUUGAGCAUGAGCUUCUUCAUGCUCUGGGAUUCUGGCAUGAGCAAUCCAGAUAUGAUAGAGAUGAUCAUGUCACAAUCAAGUGGGAGAACAUUGAAUCAGAGGAGGAACACAAUUUUAAAAAAUAUUUCCGCAACACCACCAGCACCCAAGGCACAACAUAUGACUACUGGUCUGUGAUGCACUAUGGACAAUAUGCCUUUAGUAAUGGAUUAGAACCAACUAUCAUCACAAGGGAUGCAGAUUUUCAAGAUGUGAUUGGUCAGCGACAGGACAUGAGCUCCCUUGAUGUUCUGGAGCUCAAUAGACUCUAUAGAUGUAAUGACUCCAUCUCCUUCCUGGACCACUGCAGCUUUGAUGAGGGCGUGUGUGAGAUGAGUUCAGCUGGAUGGGAGAGAGUGAGCCGAGCUGAUAGAGGGCCCCAAUCUGACCACACCUACCUGGGCAUGGACUCUCAAAAUUCCAGCUUUUUCAUGCAUGCCAACACAAUAGUAGGACAAGGGGAAUUCUCCACACUGCAGACCAGGAGGUUGAUUCCUAAAAGAAAUGGCAAUAUCCAGUGCCUUGAGUUCUUCUAUUAUAAUAGUGGGAAUGAAACAGAUCAGCUCAACAUCUGGAUGACUGAGUUUGAUAGUGAAAAUGACACCAUGAGAACUCGCAGACUCAUGGGCCAGGUUACAGGUUCUCCAGCUGAUUAUUGGCAACUCCAUUAUGUUCCUCUGAACGCCACUAAGACGUUUCAGGUGGAGUUUGAGGCCCGCAAAGGAACAGACGAGUCCAGCGGCGGGUUCUCUGUGGAUGACAUCAACCUGUCAGAGACCGAAUGCCCUCAUCAGACAUGGCAGAUCAGGAACUUCAAACAACUUCUGAACACCAGUGCACCUAACACACAUAUAUACAGUCCAACAUAUUAUACCAGUGAUGGCUAUAGGUACCAGAUGUUUCUGAAACUUGACAAUCCAAUAAUGUCUGCAUUUAUUCGCCUGGUGUCUGGGGAUUUUGAUAACCAGCUUCAGUGGCCUCUGCAGUGGAGGCAGAUGACUUUACUUGCCCUGGACCAGACCCCUGACAUUAGGCAACGCAUGUCCAAGCAAUUCAGCUUCACCACGGAUUCAGCGAAUGAACAUGCACCAAAGUGUUGGUACAACCCUCGUUUAAAUGGAACAUAUGUAGAAACAAAUGAGAGUGGUGAACCUCUGUAUGUUAAUUUGGGCUACGGCUGGUCUAACUGGAUGAACAUAGAGAGCCUUAGAAGAAGAUCCUUCUUAAAGGGAGGGGACUUGUUUCUUCUCUAUGACAUACAAGACAUUUCAAAUCUCCUUCGAAAUCAGUCAUCUCCAUGCGAAGUUAACACAAGUUCCACAACUCCAGCUGCCACCACAGGAGGCGACAGUGCCUGUUCCAAGAUGUCCUUCUCUCCGGUAGUGCUGGUGGUGACAUUGAUCUUGUUUUUAAGUGUGUGAUCAUCGGACCACUGUCAUCAAAUCUCAACAGUUGAUUGAUAAUGUUAUGGCCUGAGUUUACUUUGGUGGACAUGGUCUGCAUACAACAGUAUCUACAUUUUGUCACCAGCACUGGCCGAACUGCCAGUCGUGCUGCACCAACGUUUUGUGUCCAUACAUAAUUUUGCAUUGACUAUGCCUGACAUGUUUUCAAGCACUGGUACAGGUCAAGGCAUAAACAAACAUAAUCUAUUUACCUAUCUCCCCUGGGAUUACAUUUAUGGGAUGUUCAUGUA